UCAGGGAACCACAAAAACGAAACAGUACUUAGAAGUAAAGGCACGUGCCAUUUACCGGCUAAGCAGGUUAGCUGUUGCCUCCUCUGUAAAUCCCGUGGCCUCCGUACGCCCGUGCUUGUGGUCACCACACACCGCAGUUCUCUCCACAAGAGGAAGUUUUUUCAACAAAAGAAGCAAUGGACUUUUUUCUAAACGGAAUGAAUGGGAUUGGUGAUGAAUCUGAGUGCCCUUUUGAUGCAAUGGACAUGCAAAGGUGCCCAUUCUUGAGGAACAUCAACAAACCUACAAACUUCUCCUUCUCUUCAGCUUAUAUGUCUGUUCCUGUCCAUGGAAGAAAAGGUCCUAUAUUUGAAGAUGGUCCUAGUUUUGACAUGGCAUUUAAGCUCUUCCAUGGGAAAGAUGGAGUUGUUCCCCUCUUUGAGAGAUCUGACUUUAACAAUGGCUGUAGGGAAGCUGAUUCUAUGCCUGUUUUUAACCCGUUAGCAGGAAGAGCUGCUACCAUAAGUCUGUCAGCAUUUGGACCUGGUGGCCUAUUUAAUUUUGGGAAUCUUUCUGAGAAAUGGAAGAAGCAGAAGUCGGAAUCAUCAAAGAAAAAGGAACACUCGUCCCUGGAAGGGGAUGCAUCAAAGCAUGAAGCGCUUGGAAAUGAAUGGCUAGCAAAUGGAAAUUGCCCUAUAGCCAAGUCUUAUAGAGCUGUAAGCAAUGUUCUCCCACUUGUUGCUACGGCUUUUCGGCCACCACCUGGAAUAAAGAUUAGAUGCCCACCUGCUGUUGUUGCUGCAAGAGCUGCUCUUGCUCGUACAGCAUUUGUGAAAAACCUGCGCCCACAGCCCCUUCCUGCGAAAAUGCUUUGUAUUGCAGCAAUGGGCAUGGCACUUAAUGUGCCCCUGGGCAUGUGGAAGGAACACACCAAGAAAUUCUCGCUGUCUUGGUUUGCAGCCGUGCAUGCUGCUGUUCCCUUUAUAGCCAUGCUUCGGAAGUCGGUAGUGAUGCCUAAAUCAGCAAUGGCAUUGACCAUUGCAGCUUCUAUCCUCGGCCAGGUCAUUGGCUCAAGAGCUGAGCGUAUCCGGCUGAAAGCAGCAGCAGUAGCUGAGACCGGAAAAGUGGCAGCAGAGACUGCAAGCAGCGUGGCCAACUAUAAUCCCAUGCAGAUUGGUGAUAUUAGGGUUGGUUGCUGUGGUCCGGAGGGGAUGGUUCUGAAGACGCUUCCCGGUAAGGACACUGGUUCAACUUCAACUGCCAAUGUGUGUUAUUAAACCUCAAAAAAAAAAA